AUGGGCAGUCAGACAAUGUUGACAAGUAUUACGAGGUUGAUUUUGCUUGUGGUGUUUCUUGGAUGGCUCGUGAUUUGGACCAUGUUGCCUACAAAAACCUACAAAAAUGUCUGGACACUCAACCUACAAAGCAAGCUCAAUUCUACAUAUUUUGGAGCGCAAGGGGUAAAUCUUCUGCUUCUCUCCUUCCCAAUGAUGCUAAUAGCAGCUUUAAGCUGUGUUUAUCUCCAUUUUCAAAAGCAAUCAAAUAGUAGUGUCAUUACAACAAGUCGCUUGACAUUUUGGAGACGUCCGGCGGUUGUAAAGGCUCCUCUGGGAAUUGUUACGGCAAUGGAGCUUGCUUUUGCGAUCAUGUUCGCUGCACUCUUGGUCUGGUCUCUUGCCAACUACUUAUAUGUCAGCUUUGGCCACCUCCAUAUGCAUAAAGAUGGAGAGAAAGUGUGGGAAGCGAAGUUUCGAAGUGUUUCAUUGAGAUUGGGGUACAUUGGAAACAUAUGCUGGGCAUUUCUCUUCUUUCCUGUAACUCGAGGGUCUUCAAUUUUGCCUCUAUUUGGGCUCACAUCCGAGUCGAGUAUUAAAUAUCAUAGUUGGCUUGGCCAUCUCUCGAUGAUACUUUUUGUUGCACACACCCUAGGCUUCAUCAUCUACUGGGGCAUCACUCAUCAAAUGGCUCUGAUUCUUGAAUGGAGCAAAACUUAUGUAUCAAAUGUAGCUGGGGUCAUUGCAAUUGUGUUUGCAAUGGCAAUGUGGGUGACAAGCAUUCCACGUAUCAGAAGAAAAAUGUUCGAAGUUUUUUUCUACACCCAUAAUCUCUACCCACUCUACGUCUUCUUCUACAUCUUGCAUGUUGGUGCCUCCUACUUCUGCAUGAUCCUUCCUGGGAUCUUCCUCUUCAUCGUUGAUAGAUACUUGAGAUUUUUACAAUCUUACCAACGAGCCGGCUUAAUCUCAGCACGAGUUUUACCAUGUGGAACCAUUGAGCUCAACUUCUCCAAGACCCAAGGGUUGGAUUAUAAUCCCACUAGCAUCUUGUUUAUUAAUGUGCCUAGCAUAUCCAAGAUGCAAUGGCACCCCUUUACAGUGACUUCAAACUCUAACAUGGAGCCAGAUAAGCUGAGUGUUGUGAUUAAGAACCAAGGAAGUUGGUCUCAAAAAAUCUACAAGCAACUUUCUUCUAAUGUGGAUCAUAUCCAAGUUUCUGUUGAAGGACCUUAUGGCCCUGUUUCAUCUCAUUUCCUAAGGCAUGAGGCUCUGGUGAUGUUCAGUGGAGGAAGUGGAAUUACUCCUAUGAUUUCCAUAAUCCGCGAGAUUAUUUUCCAAAGCACCAAACCAGACUGCCAUGUGCCACGUGUACGGCUCAUCUGUGCCUUCAAGAACUCAGCCGAUCUCUCCAUGCUACAACUAUUGCUUCCUAUCUCUUGGGCUCCUGCUGAUUUUGCUGCCCAAAUAGACUUGGAAAUCGAAGCCUACGUGACCAGAGAAACAGAGCAGCCUCCGGCAGAGGCCCAAAGGGACAUUCAAACAGUAUGGUUUAAACCCGACCCGCUGGACUCGCCCGUUUCUGCUGUUUUAGGCCCAAAUAGCUGGCUAUGGCUAGCUGCAAUAGUCUCGUCCUCAUUUGUCUUGUUCCUCUUUGUUUUGGGCCUCACCACUCGUUUCUACAUUUACCCAAUUGACCACAACACUGGAGAAAAUUACCAUUUCUCUUUCACAUGUCUUUGGUACAUGUUUUUGGUCUGUGCCUCCAUUCUCAUGGUGUCUAGCUUAGUGUUCCUUUGGUGCAAGAGACAAAAUGCCAUGGAAGGGAAGCAAGUUCAGAACGUAGAUGCCUAUGGAACUCAUGAUCAAGAACUUGAAAGUCAUCCACAGAAUCAAGAGUGCCCAAUUGCUCAAGCCACCCAGGUGCAUUAUGGAACAAGGCCUGAUCUCAAAAAAAUUCUGUUGGGGUCCAAAGAAUCUGAUGUGGGAGUUUUGGUGUGUGGGCCAAGGAAGAUGAGACAUGAGGUUGCUAAAAUUUGUUCAUCUGGUUUGGCAGAUAAUCUGCAUUUCGAGUCCAUUAGCUACAACUGGUGA